AUGGAACUUGAGAUACGACCCUGGUACGACUGUGGUGCCGAAGAACGAACCCUCCACCACAUCGUCAGCGAGUGUCCCCUGAGGUCGUUCACCGGCACUGGUGACGGCUUCCUGAGGGCAACCCCACAAGCUGUGGAGUGGCUGCAGAAUGCAGUUCCUAUUGUCUUCGUGCACACACUGAGCGCUGUUUGCUCGUCCACCGCGCUGACGCUCCGCUGCGCUGGUGCUUCGCAGCAGGAGGCCGCCAUGCUCGCCGCCUCCCUCGCAGCGGCGCUGCUGGUGCUGGCGGCGGUCCCAGUGCAGCCCGCCAACAUCCUGGCGCCCAUCUGGUUCCAGGCGAGGAGCCACUUUGCGGUGUACGAGCCGCUGUUCAGGGCGCUGGCGGCCCGCGGCCACAACGUCACCGUGCUCAGCCACUAUCCCCAGCGGGCUCCGCUCGCCAACUACCGCGACAUCAGCCUCGCCGGCAGUGCGCCCCUUUUCACCAACAACGUUCCAGUGGAUCUGGUGGUGGCGCUGAGCAACCCUGCUGCCCUGAGCGCCUGGAUGUGGAGCAACGGCACGCAGCUGUGCCGCGACCUGUACGCCCUGCCGCAGGUGCAGCAGCUGCUGCGGUCCGGCGACCACUACGACCUCGUCAUCGCCGAGGUGUUCUUCGGCGACUGCAUGCUGGCGCUCGCGCACAAGUUCCGAGCGCCGCUCGUGGGCGUCAUCUCCUCCGUGGCUCUGCCGUGGGCGCACGACAGGGUGGGGAACCCCGAGCACCCUGCCUACAGCCAGACGUACUUCUCGGCCGGCACGCCGCCCUUCAGCUUCUGGCAGCGGCUGGUGCACAGCGUGGGGCACGUGGCGGCCAGGCUGGGCUACUGGCUGUGCUCGGACCUCGAGGUGGACGCGGUGGUGCGCGAGGCGCUGGGGGAGGGGGUGCCCCCGACGGCGCAGCUGUCUCGCCGCACCAGCCUGCUGCUGGCCAACAGCCACUGGAGCCUGGGCCAGCCGCUGCCCGCCGUGCCGGCCCUGGUGCACGUGGCCGGCGUGCACAUCCGGCCGCCGCAGCCGCUGCCGCAGGAUGUGAAGAUGUUCCUGGACGGCAGCCCACAAGGUGCCAUCUUCUUCAGCCUGGGAUCGAUGAUCCAGUGCGAGACCUUCGCUAAGGAGAAGCUGCGUGCCCUGCUGGACGUGUUUUCUGAGCUGCCCCAGCGAGUCCUGUGGAAGGUGAACGCGGCAUCCCUGCCUCCGCUACCGCCCAACGUGAUGGCCCGCUCAUGGUUCCCGCAGAACGACGUGCUCAGAGUUAUGAUUCGCUCCUCUUUAUCCGCCUACUACAUCUUCUCCUUCACUGUAGAUCAUCCGAACGUGAGAGUGUUCAUAACGCACGCCGGAAUGCUGGGUCUGCUGGAGGCCGUCAACGCGAGCGUGCCCAUGCUCGCCAUCCCCUUCUUUGGCGACCAGCCGUCCAACGCAGCCACGGUGGUCGCGGCGGGCAACGCGCUGCAGCUGUCGUACGGAGACCUCGACUACCAAACGUUUCGAGACACACUCGGCGAGCUGCUAAACAACGAGAGGUACCGCGAGAGCGCCAAGCGGCAGUCCAUCCUGUUCCGGGACCGCCCCCGGCCGCCGCUGGAGGAGGCGGUGUACUGGUUGGAGUACGUCAUCACGCACCGGGGGGCGCCGCACCUGAGGUCCGCCGCGCUGGACCUGGCCUGGUACCAGUACCUGCUGCUAGACGUCGCUGCUUUCGUGGUGGCCGUCGCUGUCUCCCUGAUGUUGGCCAUCUACUGGCUGCUGCGAAGAGUAAAAUACUGCAUUACGCGAGAAAGUGUGGAUGGGCAGAAACUUAAAAUGAACUGA